AUGAAGAUAUCGGCCAAAGAGCAGGCGUUAUACCAAGCACAACUACUCUUCCAUUGCCUUCUACGACAGUUGAUGAUUGCUAUCAAACUAGCAACGGCGCAGGGCAACAGGUAUCUGAGAGGAGGAGGCACAAGCACCGUGCUUCGCCUGGAGAAUACCACUGGUUUGAAUCGGAAUCAAAGUGCCUGCUCGAUAACCCUCCAGUUCCCAAGGACGUCCAAGAGGGUGAUUUCUACGUCCAUUGCGCAGGAGAAGAGUACCAAGUCUGGCUUUGGACGGCUGAGCAUGUUUGGGUUCAAGUAG